AUGGCGCUGGGCUCAGAGACGCUGUCGGAGAGGUCGGUGCAGCUCGCCGUGCUGUUGGCCUUCGCUUCGGGGGUGCUGGUGGGCUGGCAGGCAAACAGGAUGCGGAGGCGCUACCUGGAUUGGAGGAAGCGGCGACUGCAGGACCAGCUGUCGGCCACGCAGAAGAAACUGGACCUGUCCUGAACCAACAAAAAUGGAAACUGGGAGAAGCACUAGGAUGAAGUCCUGUUGCGUUUUGAACUCUAUGAAUUGACUU